GCCGUGAUUCCCGCUCACUCACAGAGAGGGAAACUGAGGCGCGCCGCAGUUUCUCCCCACUAACUUCAUCAGAAGGGGAUCUUCAUUUGCUGUGGCUGCUGGGACAAAUGGCCACCAACUGGACAGCUCUGACUGAAGAGAAGUGUCUUCUUUUCCAGCCCUGGAGGCCAGAGGUCCGCUUUCAAGGGGUCAGCAGAGCCGUGUUCCCUCCAAAGACUCCGGGGAAGGAUCUGUUCCCUGCCUCUCCUGGCUGCUGGUGGCUGGCUGCCAUCCUUGGCAGGCCUUGGCUUGUGGAUGCAUCACUCCGGUCUCUGCCACUGCUGUCACGUAAAAUGUCUGUUCCGGGAUCCUACCAGGCGGCCGCUGGGCCUUCCUCGGUGCCAACUGCGCCCCCAUCCUACGAAGAGACGGUGGCUGUUAACAGUUACUUCCCGAUGCCUCCUGGCCCGGUGCCAGGGCCGACCACAGGGCUGGUGACGGGCCCGGAUGGCAAGGGCAUGAAUCCGCCUGCCUACUACACGCAGCCAGUGCCCGUCCCCAAUGCCAAUGCAAUUGCUGUGCAGACCGUGUACGUCCAGCAGCCCGUCUCCUUUUUCGACCGUCCGGUCCAGAUGUGCUGUCCUUCCUGCAACAAAAUGAUCGUGACUCAGCUGUCCUAUAAUGCCGGCGCCCUCACCUGGCUCUCCUGUGGGAGCCUGUGCCUGCUGGGGUGCAUAGCGGGUUGCUGCUUCAUCCCCUUCUGUGUGGACGCCCUGCAGGACGUGGACCACUACUGUCCCAACUGCAAAGCUCUCCUGGGCACCUACAAGCGUUUGUAGGACUCGGCCAGACCCGGAGGGAGCUGUACGCAGCCGGAAGUGCUCUCCGACUCUCCCCCGUCCUGCCCGGUGGGAGUGGUGUCCCGCCUCGCUAGC